CUUUCCCUCCCAAUUCCAGCCUCACUCUGACGCAUUCGCAUAUCUGGUCCUCAGCAGCAUUUUGGGGACUGAUGAAGAUGCUCGAGACUCUUCUUCAGCAGUGAUGGCUGCUUUCAGCCCCCCUGCCCCUUUCCUCUGUGUGCUGCUGUGUGUUUCGGUGGCUCUGCAGCGAUCUGACUUGCACCUGGCUUAUGUAACCCACAACAGCUUUUUGUACUACUCCUGCAGCCAGGACCCACAACCCUGCAGCAUCUCAUCGCUUACAGAUUGCGUAUGCAAGGACAUCCAGCUCUCCACACUGCACCGCCUGCAGUCGCACUUGUCUCCUGUUUUCCAGAUGAGACGCUUAACCGUUUGGUUCACGUCACCGUCAAAUGCAGCACGUCUGCUCAACAACUCAGAGGUGAGGCACCUCACACUGAUCUAUUGCGGAUCCAGUGGGAUGCCUCCUUUUAAUCCGGAGGGAUAUUUUGCCGUGCACCACCUGAAGAGGCUGACGGUGGUCAACCUGCCACAGAAGCCAUUUUAUCCCUAUCCAGAUUUGAACAGAGCCAAGACUGGAGACCCAGACAGAGAAAACAAUGCUGACUUAGACACAAAUAGGUACAACACAGAAAUAGACACAAAUCUGGACUUAAGGAGAGAUUAUUUAAGUCUGUCUCCAGCACAGGUCCAAGACAUCUUCCUGGGCAGGGAGCUCGGAGCAGAGUAUUAUGAACAAGCCAGACUGGGAAUCAUCCACAAAUCAGUGCUGGAGGGGGGAGCAGUGGUUAAAGCAUACACAGUAAAGACACACAUAGACAGCAGUGGUGCGCUGCCUUUCCCUGAACUCCACCUGCCGAAAUUGCCAGAGACAUCUGUCAUAUAUGUCACUUUUGUAUACUGAUAAAAAAAAUAGUUUAAUCUCUUUUAAAAGCAGGAUUUCAGUCAUUUGAAUUAGUGGUGAAAAUGUCCACGUUUCUUGGAAACUGAAUGCAUUUGAAAGAGUUUACAUUUGUUUUUGCAUUCUUGUCCUGGGAAAAAGUUUUGGUUCACUAACUUUAAUCACAUCAGGCGGCCCAAGAGUUUGCACAGUUGUUUAAUUGUGUGUUAAAAUAGGCCAAUCACAGAGUUUUGCUGUUUCAAUGUUUAUGCUGAAGGCAACGGUUAGAAAGUACAAUCUGUUUCCUUCCUGUGUUAGCCAGCCGACCAAUAUUUACUCUUUUGUUUCCUAUGCAGUGCUGUGAAAAAAUAUUUGCCCCUUCCCGAUUUCUUUCCUCUUUUCACAUAUUCAGCACAGGGUUCAGAUCAUCAAACAAGUAAAUAGAAAAUACAGUUUUAAAAUGGCAAUUUUUAUUUAUUGAGGGAAAACUGCUAUCCGAAUCUACUAAUUGAUGACUCAUACAGGAGGUCACAAAAGAGCCCAUAACAUAAUCUAAGUGUUGGCUUCACUUCAAUCAGUUAAAAUCAGAGUUCAUGUUCAACAGUAAGAAAGAGACUGGGCAGAAAUGGCAUCCAUAGUUCCAAGGAGAAAAAUCACUGCUGACCAGAAAGGAAACAAAAGCUUGGGAAAAUAUUCUAUCGACUGAUCAAAGCAAGAGUCAAACAUGGUGGUGUUAGUGUGAUGGUCUGGGGCUUUUUUGCUGCUUCAGGAUCAGGACAUAGACGACUUGCUGUAAUUGAUUGAACCAUGAAUUUUGAUCUCUAACACAAAAUCCUGAAGGACAACUGUCCAGCCAUCAGUUCGUGCCCUGAAGUUCAAGCACACUUGGGUUAUGCAGCUACCAAGCAAACCUCUAAACAGGCGAUUUGUGCUUGUAAAGCCUCCAGUGUGGCUAAAGUAAAAAAAAUACUGUGGGCCAAAAUUCCUCCACAGAGAUGUGAAAGACUCAUUGUCAGUUAUCACUAAUGCUUGAAUGUGGUGCUUGCUGCAGUAACCAGUGGCACAACUAAUUAUUAGGCUUAGAAAAAUGACUUUUUCACAUAAUGCCAGGUAAGUUUGGAAAACCUUUUUCUCAUAAAUACAUUAAAAACUGCAUGCUGUAUUUAUCCUGGUUGCCUUUGACUAAUAUUAAAUUUUGAUUGAUGAUCUGAAAUACGUGUGACAAAUUUGCAAAAAUAAAUAAAAAUGGGAAGGGGGCUGAAUCCUUUUUCACAGCACUGUAUGUGAUAAAAAAUGGAGAAUGCAAUGAAAGCUGUGGUCCACUUCCUUAAUCUAAUGUGAGGCUGCAACACUGUUUCAUAUACUGCAGCAGUUUUAUUUUCUGCAUGUCAUAAUGUCAAGCACAGUGAAUGUUGUGAAAAGGUGGAGGGUCCCUAAUUGCAACUAAACAUUCAGCUGUUUCAAAACGAUUUGGUGUAAUGUUGACUUAUAAUAACUUCACUUACACACAGUCUCACGUGUCUGCCAUUGCUAGAAAAAAAAAUAAAGAAGUUCAUUUGUAAGCAAAACA